CUCAGAGGGUGUCAGUGCAGUACGUGAUUUUUUACUUCGUACAUUCCCGCAGAAAUUGCCAGGGGUAUGCUUCUAGGACAAUGCAUGUAAGCUGGUGGAUCAUAUAUACCAUGGAGGUAACGACUUCACACCCUUCAUGAAGACCGUGAUUCCCGUCGACCCCUUUCAUUUCCGCUCGCACAAGGAGAGUGAUGAAUUCUGUCAGCAUUAUACGGACCCAAAGCUCUUCCCAGAACUUCGAGAUGCCAAUGGAUGGUAUUUCAACUCCUCAGCCGGUGAGUGCACCAAUGUGUGGUACAGCGGUUUCGCAUCACUUGCAAGGAAUAUGCACCCAAUCCGUUUCAAUUUCAUGAUGGAAGAUAUGAUCAAGCGGCGAAAUGAUUGGCUCAUUCGGAGGCUAUUGAAGAGGGAGAACAUCACAUUCUUAGGAGACUUGCGACAAUGAAAUAUUUAAACUCUCCUUUCUCCCUUUUCCCUCCGUCAAUAUGCUCAAAAUGGUGUGUUGUGUUUACUUUUGGUUGUCCCUCCCACAAAAAACUUUUGGAUCUUAGUGUUCAUAUACGCAGCACAUCUUAUCAUAAAUAAUGAUAAAUAUACAUCAUGCCCUUUGUACCU